AUGUUCCCUGGGCGGUGCUUUGUGCGGAUACUCCUGGAAGGAACCGUUUGUUUGUUGGCACUUGGGCAACAUCAUGCAAACAUCCCCAUCAGCGAGAGAGCUCCACCUGAACUCAACGGAGAUCAAAAAGACCGGAGGACUGAGCUACCCGUCCGUCCAACGAAGAGGGGACACCUGGACCUACCUGCAGGAGACCCCAGCCCUUCCUUCAAGAUAAAGCUUCGUCCCGUCAUGAAGGUCCAAGCAAAAUCAAAAUUCUACACAACCUUCAGCUGGGGCGACUUUUACUCCAACAUCAAAACCGUCAAACUGAAUCUACUGGUAAUGGGCAAGAUGGUGGACCACGGGAACGGCUCCCUCGGGGUCUACUUCCGCCACAACUCCACAGGUGUGGGCAACGUGUCCGUGAGCCUGGUCCCGCCGGCUAGGGGGGUGGAGUUCGACCUGGAGCGUCAGAGCGUGGUCCACCCGAAGGACUCGAAGACGUUCAACUGCCGCGCGGGCUACGAGAAGACGGAGAGCAACAAGAAGGUGGCGCCGUGUCACUACGACCCCUCCAAGACGUGCGCUCAGGAGCAGACGCAGAGCUACGUCACCUGGGCCUGCUCCAAACCCUUCCCGGUCAUCUGCGUCUACGUGUCUUUCUACAGCGUCGACUACCGGCUGGUGCAAAAGGUGUGUCCGGAUCACAGCCACCGGACCCCAGGAGGCCACCUGCCGACGGGCUGAGCGGAGGUCAGAGGUCACUGGCGGUGGGGAAAGUUCAUUUGGAGGACGCUUCUCUUACUGUUGAGCCAAAUGCCGAUGUAAGCUAUACAUCGUUUGUGCAACAGCGUGAUUGUUGUAGUCUACGGGAGUGGUUUUAUGAAACGUAAUCAAGGCUCCAACCAACGAUUGUGUUUGCUAUGAAUUGAAGUGACAGUAAAGGUUUAAUCUCUUCUCGAUUGCGUAAGACAAAGCUGAUUAAGGGUUUUGAUUCUAUUUAUUCAAGAUGUGAAGCCUCUUCUGCUGCUUGAUCAAUUAAUUAAGCGGUCCAUUGUUCUCUACAAAUACCAAAAUAAUAUUAAUGUGAACUAGAUUAUAGCACAGCAUGGCCAAUUCUGCGAGUUUAUAGAUGGAUACAAAGUUUUUACAACACUUAGGUUGCAUUCAUUUGUACACUUUCUCAUUCUUGUGUAUUUCAUAACACUAUUUACUGUGUGUUGCCAAAUAAAAAUGAAUAAAACUAAAACCAACAGUUAGCAAGAGUCCUUUCAUUUACCAUUUGGUACUUAUGAUCCACCUUUGAUUGAUAUUUUUCAGAGUAAAGGAGAAUAUAACAUGGCAUGUGUAAAUAAGGAGAAAAUGGGGCUGUUAGUUUUGCCAGCUGCACUGAAUAAAAUAAAUAUUAAAAUCACAUUACAUAGAGGUAUGAGCAAUAUAUGAAUGUUUACUGUAAUUUAUAAUACUAUUAGAUCUCUGCAAAAAGGACAUUUUUUUUAGUCCAAUCUUA